AUGCGUAGUGCUGGCGCUGACGGUAAUGGAAAUUUUUUUCUUGAUUAUUUAACAUCAGCUGCUAAUUAUGCAUUUCAACAAUUAUAUAAAAACAACAGCGGUUCAGUUACUUCGUGGGGUAAAUUUUGGAUAAUAAUAGCUCAAACAUUCGAUUCAUAUUCAAAUGUAUUAGGUUAUGAAUUAAUCAAUGAACCCUGGGUUGGUGACGCUUAUAAAAAUCCAUCGUUAUUAGAACCUGACGUGGCUGAUAUUUUAAAUUUACUACCAGUUUAUACACAACUGAAUGCAGUUAUAAGAACGGUUGAUACUAAAGCAUUAUUAUUCUAUAAACCAGUAACUUUUGAAAUUAAUUCUCCUGAUAUUGCUGGAACAGGUACAAUUAAAAGUUCUUACAUUUUGUAA